CGGCGGCGGGUCCGUGCCGCUCUCCGGCCUGGCUGUGCUCGGCGGGGCGCCGGCGGCGAGGGCACGCCCCGCAGGAGCGGUCCCGGUCCCGGUCCCGGUCCGGCCGUGGGCAGCGUGGAGCUUGCCCUGCCCUGCCCUGCCCUGCCGUGCCCUGCCCUGCCCUGCCGUGCGUCCCCGGCUGCGGAGGCGGCGUGCCCGGGGACUGCGGCGCGGGCUCUCCGGAUUCCUGCUGCGGUUAUGUGGUCCUGUGUGUUGUCUUGUUCUUCACGUGUGUAAAGUCCAGAAAAAGCCUUUUUCCUCGUAUGUGAGCAAGAACUUGAAGUCCUUCAGUGAGCUGGGAAUUCCCUCUUCGUUCUCCAGUUGUGACUAGAAAACCGUAUCAACCUGUCACAAGAGCAGAGGACACACAUGUUACAGACCCUGGAGCUGAGGCACAGAAGGUGAAAGAUUGGUUCAGUGCUGUAUAAGAAGCACGUGACUGCAAAUCAAGACCCAGUGUUGAUUGUGGAAAACAACACCAUCAAUGAAUGGCUUGAUCUUCACUCUCAGCUCCAGAUGACCUGUUGUAUGUAAGGAUGUCGUCUGUUACUGAAAAUGGGGCUAUUACUGCUGGAAAGCCAAAUGAAGAGAAAACAUAUAAAAAGACUGCAUCCUCAGCUAUUAAAGGUGCUAUCCAGUUGGGAAUAGGAUACACGGUAGGAAAUCUUACAUCAAAACCAGACAGAGAUGUUCUUAUGCAAGACUUCUAUGUAGUGGAAAGUGUCUUUCUACCAAGUGAAGGGAGCAAUCUUACCCCUGCUCAUCAUUACCCUGAUUUCAGAUUCAAGACAUAUGCACCUCUUGCCUUCCGCUAUUUCAGAGAACUUUUUGGCAUCAAGCCUGAUGACUAUUUGUACUCAAUCUGCAGUGAACCUUUAAUUGAAUUAUCCAACCCAGGUGCCAGUGGGUCCUUAUUUUUUGUAACUAGUGGUGAUGAAUUCAUCAUCAAAACAGUUCAACACAAAGAAGCUGAGUUUCUCCAGAAGCUUUUGCCAGGUUAUUAUAUGAAUCUGAACCAGAAUCCAAGGACUCUUCUUCCCAAAUUUUACGGUCUGUAUUGUGUUCAGUCAGGAGGCAUUAAUAUUAGAAUUGUUGUCAUGAACAAUGUUUUGCCACGAGCCUUGAAAAUGCAUUUCACAUACGACUUGAAAGGCUCUACAUACAAACGAAGAGCAUCAAGAAAAGAGAGGGAGAAGUCCAACCCUACAUUCAAAGACCUGGAUUUCCUGCAAGAUAUGCAUGAAGGGUUGUAUUUUGACUCUGAAACACACAGUGCACUAAUGAAAACACUGCAGCGGGACUGUCGGGUUCUAGAAAGUUUCAAGAUCAUGGAUUACAGUCUGCUUCUGGGGAUCCACAUAUUGAACAGUAACAUAAAGGAAAAAGGAGAGUGUUCCCGGAGUGCAUCAGAUGCAAAACGCCAUGGAGGGCAGAAAGUUCUGUAUUCCACAGCAAUGGAGUCUAUACAGGGCCCUGGGAAAUCUGGAGACUCUGUCACCACAGAGACAACAAACACAAUGGGAGGUAUUCCAGCAAAAAGCCAUAAAGGUGAAAAGCUGCUUUUAUUUAUGGGUAUUAUUGAUAUUCUCCAGUCUUACAGGUUAAUGAAGAAGCUGGAACAUUCUUGGAAAGCUCUUGUUUAUGAUGGGGAUACUGUUUCAGUUCACCGACCUAGUUUUUAUGCAGACAGAUUUUUAAAGUUUAUGAAUGCAAGAGUUUUCAAAAAAAUUCAAGCUUUAAAGCCUUCACCUUCAAAGAAACGGUGCAAUUCUAUCACAGCCCUAAAGGCAGCAUCACAAGAAAUAGUGUGUGCAGUUAGCCAGGAGUGGAAGGAUGAAAAGCAUGGCAUUCUUGCUGAAGGACAAAGUUAUGCCAGCCUUGAUGAAGAAGUGCUAGGUUCACACCACCGGCCGGAUCUAGUGCCAAGCACUUCGUCUCUUUUUGAAGCAGCUUCCUUAGCAACCACACUUUCUUCUUCUUCCCUGAAUGUAGGUGAGCACUGUCAACGUGAUCAACCUACACUCUAUUCUAGCAGUAAAGGGUUACCUUCGAGUUCAACAUUCACUUUGGGAGACAGUGCCAUCUAUUUGACUUCAGAACAGAGCACAUUGGAAAUGGAGAAUGAUAAUGCUUCAGUUUUGGAUGUCUACUUAAGUUACCUGAUCUUUGUCUUAAGAAAUCCAUACUAUCUUAGAAUCAUAAAACGGCUCAGGUUGAUGGGGCCUCAAGAGAUCAUCCAGUCCAACUUUUUGUGGAAAAGGGAACCUGGAGAAGAUUAUCUAACAACCUUUUCCACCACAGCUCAAAAAACUCCAGCAAUGAGGACUCUGCCACAUCCCUUCAGAAGUUGUUCCAGAGACUGAUUAUCUGUCCAGAAAAAGAUUUUCCUGUGUUUAGAUGAAACAUGUUUGUGUCUGAUCUUACAUCAAGAUGAAAUGCUUGUCACAUUCUCUUUUUUCUGUAGGCUGUGCCACUGAGGUUUUUUUCCUUCUGAUUAGCCAGCAAAUCUUGAGUGUGUAUAGUACAGUUAAUAGCUACUAAUUUAGUAGUCCAGCACACAUAGGGGAGUUGUCUGUCCUGCCUCCACUGACACAAAACAGUAGCAAGUACCAGUGGCCAAUUAGACGUAGAAUUGAUUUAGUUAAUUGUGACCCCAAGUAGCCCAUUAAAUCAAUCUACUCCUAUAGGACUUCUGCUAAUUUGGCUCAUAGCUAGUACAACAUGGACCUGAAUCAUCUGUUCAACAAAGAGGGUCUCAGAAAUCCUGAAAUAUUUUGGGUAGUGGACAGACGUCUAAUCACACACAACCUAACCUUGCUAGCAGAUUAGCUGACUUAAUGAAUUAUGCUUUUAACUACGUAACUUGAGAGGGGGAUCCAGAGCUGUGACUCCUGAAUGCUCAUAAGCAAAGCAUGGAUGAGCAUGUAGGUGGACUAGAGGAGCAGGAAAUGCUUCUCAACACUUUGCAAAGGAAGAAUCCUAAAUCCAACUGCCUCAAGUACAUGUAUACCAAAGCAUAAGAAGAAGAGGAACUUCAGAUUCAUGCCUAGUCUGAGAGUUACAAUGUGAAAGGAGUCAUAGAAGCUUGGUGGGAAGACUCACAUGACUGGAAGAUCACAAUAAAUGUCUACAAACUCUUUUGCAAAGAUAAAGAGAGGAGGUGGAGCUGUACUUAUAAAAAAGAAAUCUGGGUGUAUGAAGGUAACCUAUGGAGACCACAAAAUGUCUAUCAGAUGUCUAAGGAUCAAGAUUAGAUGGGUCAUCACAAAGGAGGAUCUUCUUUUAUGUGGGUGUUCCUAGCCUUCAAAGCAGGAUGACGAGGCUGACAAAAACUUACUUUGGCUCUUCCAGCAAGUAUUGAACCUGGUCAUAAUGGGUGACUUCAAUUACCCAGGCAUUUGUUGGGAGAACAAUACAGCAAUGCACAAGUUGUCAAUUAAAUUCUUGGAAUGCAUGAAGACUUGCAUCCUGCUAAAUGUGAUGGUAGUUUUGACUAGGAACAAUGUAUUGCUAGAUUUACUGCUCACAAACUGAAAAGACAACUUCAAAUCAUAGCCUUGGGUGCAGGAAUCACAACAUUGUGGGUUUAAGAUCCUGCUGAAAAUACCAAAGACCAGUAUUAGGAAAAAGGCUCUGGAUUUUAAAUAAAUUGGCUUUGGUGUACUCAGAGCCCAGAUGUGAGGGAUUUAACAGGAAGCAUGUGUGGAAAGCAAAACAGCAUGGGAGUGCUAGGAGUUCUUGAAUAAUAUCCUGCUGGAAGCAAAAUAACAGUUCACUGCCUACAAAAUGGAAGGAAGAAGAUAGAACAAGUGACUGCCUAGGUUAACAAUGAGUGUUGCUAAAAGCAAAAAGGGAGCAUACCCUCUAGAGAAGGCUGAUCAGUUACCCACUGGGGACUACAAGAUCCUUGCUAGGGCAUGUAGAGUUGCACACAUGAAAUUCAAGGUUCAACUGGAACUGGAAAUGGCCAGAGAUAGCAAGAAGAAAUGACUGAUCAGAUACAGAAGCAGUUGUACUAGAUUGAAAGCCAACCAGUGGGGAAUCCCAAGUCAGAAAUACAGUUUAACAGGAAAAUGAAAAUAAAUGCAGUAAUACAGAAACAUUGACAGAGUCAGAAUAUAAUCUGACACCCUGUUGGUCAGCGUGUUGGUAGCAGUCUGAUUUAAAUGGUGGCUGCAAUCCUGUUGAAGUGGUAGAUGUGGUUCUGUUGAAGCUGUGAUCCUGUGGAAGGGUCUGAUCUUCCUCUGAAAGUCCAGUGGUGGUUAUGGAGCUCCUGUCCUCUGAGAAUCCAGUGGAUAAGGCCACUUGUGGUGUUCCAAACCUCAGAUUAUAUCCAGAUAGGAAUGCUUGUUUCCUCUGCCUGGGCAGAGCAUCUCAACAUAGGAUGAUGUAAUUUUUGAGUUGUGCAGUGAGACCUGAUGGCCCAUUAACAGAAGACAUCCCCCACCAGAGGGAGUUAUCAGGGAUGAGUCAUGAAAGAGACAAAAGAACACAUCCCCACCUGGCUUUAACAGAUGGUGAUAGGAUACAUACUUUUGGUUACAUCUGACAUUGUAACAUAAAAUAGCAGUUAAGCAGAAGCCCAGGGAAUACACAGACCCAUUACUAGACUGGGCAGGGAAAAAAAUUACAGAUAAUGCUGGCAGAGAGAGUUCUCAAUACCUUCUUUCCUCCCUCUUUGCCAGUAGGGCCAGACCAUAGCUCCCAGGAUCAAGUAGCUACAACACACAUGUUGACCUACCAGUAGUGGGCUGCGAGUGCUCAACCCACAUAAAUGCAAGGUCCAGGAGGGAAUAUAACCCAGGAUGUCAGCAGAAGUGGCUGAUAUUGUUGCAGGGACACAGUCUUAUUAUUUUUGAAAAUUCACAGAGAUCAGCGGGCAUCUCUGACGACUGGAAGAGGGCAGAUCUCAUAUGUGUCUAUAAGAAUGGCCCAAAAAAGACCAAGGACUCCUUACUGUAGUUCCUGGGAAAGUGGCAGAACAAGCUGCCAGUGAUGACUGGGAACUAUUACCAACCAAAUGAAGCAAGUGACUGGGAAAAUCCAGCACAGAUUUACCACAGGAAAAUCAUGCCAGGCUAACCUGAUCACGUUUCUAAAAUGAAUUACCAUCUUCAGUCAAUAUGGAGAAAGCAGUGGAUGUUGCUUGCCUGCACUUCAGUAAAGCAUUUGACUUGUGUCAUGUCUCCCACAGCUUCCUCCUAGACAAAUGUCAAAUACAGACUGGAUGGGGGUGAUCUGUGAGAUGGGCAGGAAUCAUCUCAUAGGUGAUCAGUUUGUUUUACUGAGGCUGGCGGCCUGUCACAAUCAUGCCCCCCCCCCUCAGGGAUCAGUACUGGGCUCCAUGUUGUAACAUCUCCAUGAAUGAUCCGGAUGAUGGGACCAAAAGCACCCUCACCACGUUUGCUUUGUCACUAAACUGGGUAUUGAGAGGGACACAUUGGCAGGGAGAGCCACCUUUUACAGAUAUGAACAGGCUGCAAGACAGAGCCACAAGAGCUGUGUAAAGUUCAACCAGGAGAAUUGCAGAGUCCUGCACCUGGGAGCACAAAACCAAUGAGCCCAGCCAGGCUCGGACCCAUGAGCUGUGGAACAGCCUUGACAAGGGGAGCCCAGGGGUCCCAGCAGAGAACACCUGGACACACGUCAGCAGUGCACUGCUGCAGCUACUGAGGCAAAGUGGAUCCUGAGCUGCACCCAUGGGGGCACUGCUAACAGAGAGAUGUGAUCAUCCCACUCCACCAGCGCUUGUCAGACUGCACAUGGAGUUGUGUAUCCAGUUCUGGCCCCCACAGUUCCAAAACAGAUGUGGACAGACUGAAGAGGGGCCAUGAGGAUGGUCAAGGAUGGGGAGAACUUGACAUUUGAGGAAGGACUGUAAAAGUUAAGUCUUUUUAGUCCACAGAAUUUUCAGGAGGGAUCUUAACACAGUUUUCCAGAACUUAAACCAUAACUACAAUACGAAUACUAUCGAGAUCCUCUUUUUCUCUAGGGGCAAUGGAUGCAAGUUGUAGUGAGGGAGGUUUCUUCUCUAUGUAAGAAAUAAUUGUUUUUACAAUGAGAAUGAUUUGAAGAGAAUGAUUUACAAUGAGCAUGAUUUUAUAAUGAUGAAUGAUUCACUGGAACAACCUCCCCAGGGAUGCAGUAAAUUUCCCAUCACAGGAGGUCUGCAGCUGGACAGUGAUGAUUGAUAAUGCCAUCCAAGCUCCCUUUCCUGAAAAAGGUUGAAUCAGAUGACCUCUUACAGUCCCUUCAGUGUGGGCUGAUCUAUGGUUCUUUUGGCUCCCUUUAAACAGUGAAACCAUUUCUUCUUGAUAGCUUUUGAAUUUAGUUUAUAAAGCAACAGUCUUAUUUAAUAAAAAAACUGGUUAGCACUGUGAAGUAUUUCUUAGGUUUGAAAUCUGUAGGGUGGAUGGUGGAAUCCUCUGAGAAUCUAGUGACAGGCACAGGUAACACCUUUUGUAAAGCUGUCUGUAUGAAUUUCACAUGUGAUAAUGAUGUCUUUAGUUAGUUUUCAGUUUGUAGAACAUACAUUACUAUUACGUCUUGGAGAAUGCAGUAUAUAUAGUAUAAGUAAGUAUAUUCCACUGAAGAAUAUCAACAGAAGAAUAAUUAAAACCCAGCUUUGGAUGUCAUGCAGUGUUUAUUCCCCUGAGCAAAGGUCUGGUGUUGUAAUGCACAUUUAUGGUUUUGUGUUGCACUGAGGAGGGUUUGUUCUGUUUCCCCUCUCAGUUUGUAUCAUGGUUCUCCCCUUCCCUUAACUCCUCCCUUUUCCCCCUGGCCAGCCCUGAGUGGCUGUGACCCGGGGUUCCUCCGACCCUGAGUUGGAGUCGAAAAUACCCUGCGUUUGCCAUGUCUCUCUCUCUUCUCCCUGGAACUCUUCAGGACAAUAAACUUGGAUCAUCCCAGGAAGGAGAGCCUCCUAUAAUCUUUUGCCUUUGUCCAUGCCGGAUAAAAAAUCCCCUGUCUCUCUGACCCUGAGUUAGCUGAGGCAGGUCAGAAAGACCAGGGGAAACUCCGACAGUCUGGAAGAAUAAAUAGGCCUUAUAUGGAGAGAAUCAUAGAUGCUUUUUGGAACUUGCAGCACCCUUUCUCAGCUUCCUGAAGGAAAACAAAUUCAGAAGUCAAUAAUCAAGUAACAAAGAAUACAUUGAGUAAAACUAAGUGAAGUGACCACGGUUAAUGAAGAGCACUUUCUGCACUCCUCAUUUAAGAAGGAGGAAUUUGCUGAGCCUAAUAGAUAAAGAGUAAUAAUCAACGGAACUAAUUCUAAGAAGUGCCAGGAUCUUUGAACCACAGAAAGGAUCGAUGGACUUGACAAAAAUGACAUGAAACAUUCCACACCCUGCAGUCAUUUGCUGUUGCUUGCUCAACUGUGAAGAACUGUGUAUUCAGGCUGCUUUCUACAAUAUUGCCAAUCACCUUUUUUGCAUUUUGAAGUGAAAUUUUCUUAUCAGCUCUCUAGUGGUUUCAUUUGCAUGCAUUGAGUAACUAUGCACAAACCAAAUCUAUUACCUACUUUACCUAUUUAAAAAUAAACACAGUGAUGAGUAAAAUAAAUUUAAUUUUUGACUCCCUCAUUUCCAAUUGCUUAGGUCCACAUCACUGGAAAUUGGAACUGAUGUUGUACAAGGGUUAAGGCAAAUCUCUGCACAUACCAUAUGAAAAUUAACCUGUAAAGAUACUUUCACUGUUGGUACAAAGUAGAUAAAAAUGUUAUUUAUAACAAGGCCUUAUGUUGUGUACAUAUAUUGUCCCUGAAAUAUUUUUGAUUUUGCUUUAUUUCUUGUAAAAGAGGAAUUCUAUAAUUUAUUUAGAAAAUACUAUUGUAAACUAUAGUUUUAUUGAUGAAUAAAAGAUUUUAUUCUAAAGCCUA